AUGGCUGGCUUACAAGAGAUGAUCACAACUACGGGAGAGCCGGCGUGGACAAGCUCGUCGCCGCCCCUAUGGUUCAUGGCCCUUAUCGCUAUCGGCCUCCAUGCCGUCGCUUGCUCCGCCGCAGCCUUCAUCACGUGGCUGUACCGAGCUUUUCUCCGGCCGGGGAAGGAUCUUGUUCGCCGCUACGGCGCGUGGGCGGUGGUCACCGGCGCCACAGAUGGCAUCGGUCGGGCGAUGGCCCUCGAGCUAGCGCGGCAGGGCCUGAACCUCGUCCUGAUCGGCCGGAACCCCGCGAAGCUCUCCCGUGUCGGCGAGGAGGUCCAGAAGGCCGCGCCGUCCUGCAAGGUUACGAGCCUGGUGUUCGACCUCGCCGGCGACACGCCAGAUAUGUGUCGGGGCGUGGCGAGGGUUGCUGCGGCCGUGGAGGGUCUGGACGUGGGCAUCCUGGUGAACAACGCCGGCGCCACAUAUACUGGCCCCGCAUACUUUCACGAGGUGGACACUCAGGUCUGGGAGACGGUGGUGCGGAUGAACGUGGAGGCGACCACGCGGAUCACGCAUGCCGUCGUGCCGGCGACGGUGAGGAAGCGGAGGGGCGCCAUCAUCAACAUGGGGUCUGGAUCGUCUGCUAUGCUGCCGGCUUUUCCGUUCUACGCACUAUGUAGUGACGCUGUCUACGCAGCAAGCAAAGCGUAUAUUGAUAAAUUUUCUCAAAGCCUAAGCACUGAAUACAAACAACAUGAAAUGGAUUUACAGUGUCAGGGUACUGGAUGA